CAGCGCUGUGUUUUUUUUAAGAGGAGCUGAAGUGCAGUCGUUCAUCAGUGUAGCUGACUGCAGCCGGGGGAAUACUCAGAUCGCCGCGUCGCUUUUCAACUUACAGCUGCUCAUAGGACUUUUUUUUUUUUUUUUUAAAGAUUAACUGGACUUUUAUUUUUCACCAAGCCAGGACUACAGAGCUGCUCACUCUUUGUCUCAUCUUCACUGGAAUUACCAAUAAUAAUUUUUCCAGAGGUUCUUCCAGGAUCGCUAAAUCUUGUUUUAUGUAUUCUCCCUCUUUCUGCGUUCCAUUGCAAUUUAAAUAAAUGCGAUUUCAUCCUCAUUCCCUACUUAGACUUGAGAUAUGUUAAACCUUUAAUGGAAAUUAAGAGCUCAGCAAGAGUGCAAAGGUGUGCAUGAGCAAUAACUUUGAUAGUAACAACGACACAGAAAAGUUUUUCACAUAAUAAAAGCAAUAAGUGCAACAAGAGGCAUGAAGGGCUCAGGUGGAUGCUGAUCCUGACCAGGACAAUUCUGAACCUUUGCAGGUCUUGAUCUCUUGGAACUGGAUGGGAAGGUCCCUGUGUCCAGGCGGAAUGAUUUUGUCCUGUCUCGGAUGUGAGAGGUGAUCUGGGUCGUCCUUCAAAAGAAGACCAGAGGAUAUAUCCAGAAAACUCUUGGGAAUAAGUCUGACGCCAACUACAAGCCAGGAUAGCUGGUUUUUUUUGUGUUUUUUUUUUUUUUUUCAAAUCAGAAGAAACACUUUGCGUGACGAUGAAAUAAAACUGGACAAGAACCAGAUAAAUAAAUCAUCUCUCAGUACAAAUACCCAGCACUCAAAGUGGCCAAAGCCACUAAAGACUAGCUUUUGAUAGAAAGCGGUUUGUGCCAAAAUGAUGACCAUGAUGAUGAUGAUGAUGGUCACCUGCAGCUCUCUGUUGGUGCUCGGGAUGGCCGCUGCUUACUCUUCUUCCAGCUCAGUAACCCGUGCUUCAUCUUCAUCCUCCUCCUCAUCUUCCUCAUCCUCCUCUCCCACCUCCUCCUCCUCACCACGCAUGAAACUUUCAUAUAAAGAAUUGCAACAGUACCACGGCGUGCGGCGAUUUGAGCUGGAGCGCUCCUGCUGUUUCAGCGCCAUGCUGCUGGACGAAGAGAGGGGCAGAUUGUUUGUAGGGGCCAAAAACUUCUUGCUGUCACUCUCAUUGGACAACAUUGCCAAACAAGAACAUAAGAUCUAUUGGCCAGCUCCUGUUGACUGGAGAGAGGAAUGUAAUUGGGCUGGCAAGGACAUUACUUCUGACUGUGUGAACUAUGUGAAGAUCGUGCACCACUAUAACCGAACCCAUCUGUACGCCUGUGGAACCGGGGCUUUCCAUCCUACCUGUGCCUUUGUGGAGGUGGGACACAGGAUGGAGGACCAUGUGUUUAGGAUUGACCCCUCUAAGGUUGAGGAUGGGAAAGGGAAGAGUCCAUACGAUCCUCGGCAUAACGCUGCCUCUGUGCUAAUCGGUGAUGAGCUUUAUGCAGGUGUAGCCACAGACUUAAUGGGACGUGACUUCACCAUCUUCAGAAGUCUGGGCAAGCGUCCCUCGAUUCGCACCGAACAGCACGACUCACGCUGGCUCAAUGAACCAAAGUUUGUCGGCUCCUUUUGGGUCCCUGAGAGUGAAAAUCCAGACGACGACAAGAUAUUUUUCUUCUUCCGGGAGACAGCGGUUGAAGGUCAAGGUUUGGGAAAGUCCACUUACUCGCGCAUUGGACAGUUAUGCAGGAAUGACAUGGGUGGACAGAGAAGUCUGGUGAACAAAUGGACAACAUUCCUCAAGACCCGUCUGAUCUGCUCCGUACCAGGAGCUGAUGGCAGUGACACGUACUUUGACGAGCUGCGGGACGUGUUCUUGCUGCAGACACGGGACAAAAAGAACCCUCUGGUUUAUACUGUCUUCUCUACUUCCAGCAGUGUGUUUAAAGGCUCAGCUGUGUGUCUUUACUCCAUGAAUGACAUCCGGAGGGCCUUCCUGGGGCCCUUUGCACACAAAGAGGGGCCUAACUACCAAUGGGUCCCUUUCCAGGGAAAAGUGCCCUAUCCCCGCCCAGGAAUGUGCCCCAGUAAGACAUUUGGGAGUUUUGAAUCCACUAAAGGUUUCCCAGACGAUGUGAUCCAGUUUGCCCGUCACCACCCUCUGAUGUACAACCCGGUGUACCCCAUGAAUCGACGGCCUGUGUUUGUUAGAACCAAUGUGGAGUACAGCUUCACACAGAUCGCCGUGGACAGAGUCAACGCUGCUGACGGACAGUAUGACGUCAUGUUCAUCGGAACAGACAAAGGGACAGUCCUAAAGGUGAUCAGUGUCCCCAAGGAGAGCUGGAACAACAUGGAAGAACUUUUACUGGAAGAGCUGGAGGUCUUCAAAGAUGCCUCAUCUGUUAUUAACAUGCAGAUCUCUUCCAAACGGCAACAGCUGUAUGUCGGCUCGGACACAGGAAUCGCCCAAGUCCCUCUUCACCGGUGCAGUGUCUACGGGAAGGCUUGUGCCGAGUGCUGCCUGGCCCGAGAUCCAUAUUGCGCUUGGGACGGAACAUCCUGUACUCGUUACCUACCGAACACAAAGAGACGUUUUCGUCGACAGGAUGUAAGGAACGGAGACCCCAACACCCUUUGCUCAGGAGACCACCACAAGCAUCGUGUUGCAGAGAAGAAGCUGUAUGGAGUUGAGGGAAGCAGCACUUUCUUGGAGUGUAUCCCCAAAUCCCUUCAGGCCAGAGUCACCUGGACUUAUCAGAAACAACCACAGAACCCACGAGAGGAGGUACAUCUUGAUGAACGUAUCCUGCAGACAGACAGGGGCCUACUAAUUCGUCGGGUUCUCAAGAGAGAUGUUGGUGUCUACCAAUGCCACGCUAUGGAGCACGGAUUCACCCAGACAUUGCUGGGCAUCACUUUAGAAGUCGUACCAUCGACAUCUUCCUACAUCUCCAAUCUUCCCUCCGACUCCCCUGUUCGAUUAGAUCCUCGUAGCGGAAGUGGUCCCUCACUGACCAAUCAAAAGCUUUGGUAUCGGGACUUCAUGCAGCUGGUGGACCACCCUAACCUCAGCACUGUUGACCAAAUUUGUGAGCAAGUUUGGGCACGGAAGCAUUCUGGUGCUGACCAGGUGUCAAAGAGUUUUGAGUCUCCAAGGAAGGAGAUCGCACCUUUGGGUCCUGCUGUCCGACCGGCCAAUAAGAAGUGGAAGCAUCUCCAGGAGAUCCGAAAAGGGAGAAACCGCAGGACCCACGAUGGGAAACCGAGCUCUCGGGCACCGCGUAGUGCUUGGGAGUAACGAUGACGAGAAACAGAUGAAAACGAGUGAGAGGGAGAGUGAAAGAAAGUACCUGAGAGACCAGAUACUCAUGGAGGUGUUCACAUAUACAAAUACACACAUAAAGACAUGCACAGACACCACACCACUUCCUGUAUUGUGUUAAUUUAUCUGUGGAUACCACCACUAUAUGGUAUACCAUCCCCCUGAUUCCUCCUCCCUGUGACCAGCUUCCUGCAUGUGCUGCCUUACUGCCCAAACUGAUUCUGCACGAUCCCUUUACACUGCUUCACUAGGAUAGUCGCGUGUACUAGCAAAUACGCAAGAGGAAAUUCACCCUCAUGAGGAGGCAAUAAACUGACACACACAUCUAAAACUUAUUCUACAAGCCAUUUACACUACUUUAAUAGCUAGUGUAUUACCUGUUACUCUCUGGACAACACGCUACAACUACUCAUGAACAGUCCUAAAGGUUUUGAGAAGCACUCUUCAAUGCAUAAUAUUUCUUUAAGUGACCUAAAUACGGACAGAAUGGAGAAAGUGACAACUGGAACAAUGAUGCAAAAAUAUAGUCUUGAACUGAAAACGAGUAAUUAUGUUUAAAUUGUAUGUGCAUGUUGCAUUGACGUUUGUAAGAACCAGAGUAAUUGAUGAACAUCUUUCUGUGGCCCCCCUUCCAUUCUUAUCACCACUUGUCAUUUGUACAAAUUACACCAUGGAGCCAUGAAGAGUUACCAGCACCUGUGGAACACAUUAUUAUUCUUGAAAAUAUUAUAAAUGUGUUGUGGGUUUGGAUUCUUGAGUCAGUUUUAUUUUUGGAGCUGUUUCCAUUGACACAUUGAGUUUGUAUCAUCAUAAACAACAGACUUAAAACAAGAGAUGCACCGAUCAGGAUUUUUUGGCCAAUUUUUGAUAACUAAAGCUUUGACCUGCCAAUGCAAAGCUUCCCCAGUUCCAUAUAACGUUUUAGAGGCAUGUUUUGAUGAUGAGACUUUUGGAAGCAGAGGAGAGACGCUUCCAGGUUGGGUCGACACCCUGGAGGUUUAAGCAGAAGUCUGGUGAUUUCAAAAGGUAUGACAGUGUCUCUCAGGUGUUUUCAGAAGUAUGAGGUACCAGGCCUCUUGAUAUCAGCUUUAAGGUUCCUGUAUGACUGGUGUCAGAACUUGGUCUGUCAGUAAGUCUGACUGGUUUUCUGUGAGAGGUUUCUCUUUGUCAACAACUUUUUUUAUGACCUUUCUGGACAGAAUUUCUUGGUACAGCAAAGGAAUUGAGGGGAUACUUUUUGGCGACCUCUGCUUUUUGCACCACUAUCUAUCUAUAAAAUAGAAAUUUGAGAAUACAAUUAGGAACCUAAUUAGAGCUUAUAGCAUUAUUUGGAAAGUAAAAAAUUACAACUAAAAUAAUUUGGUCGAAAUUCAGAACAGUAAUUCUUACAUACUGUUGAUCUUUUUGCUUACAGCAUUUUUGGCAUUGAAGAUAAAUAAUGAGAACAGUGUUUUGUGGGGAAAGGGAUAAAUAUCGUAGGAAAGGUGAGAGGAAAGGAGGAAGAUUUAAGCAGACUCAAAAUAUGACAACCCAUGUUUUUGGGCUACAGAACAGUUUAUAAAUAUAUAAAUAUAUCCAUAUUAGCAUGAUAUUUAUGAGUGAGAACAAAGUUUUUCUUUUCUGUAAACUAAACAGUACAACAUGUCUUUCACACUGUUCAGUCCUAAAUUGUUAGUGAUACAUAGAUAAGCAGUUGAUGUACAGUGAGUACGGGAUUCCUAGUUCAGCACACUAAAUUCAUUUUCUACAGAUUGUGAAAAAAAUAUUCCACACUUUGUAAUCACUUAUGUAGUGUUGCAGUCAUUGAAAUCAUUGGAUGCUGGUUGAGGGUAUAAACUCUAGCUAAAGGACAGCUAUUACAGCAAGAUUUUCCUUUUUAAAUGUCUUAGUCUCUUGGUGUUUUAUUUGUACAGAAACCAUAUUUGUUGGUUGUUUGUGCUAACAUGGUGUGUGUAGCCUGCCCCCUAGUGUUCAUUGCUUGAACAGGCUCAGAUAAGGAACCUGUCUGUGGUACUUUGAUAUGUCAUAACCAGUAUGCAAGAAUGGAACUGGUGGGUCUUCUUAGAUAAAACAUGUGUUCAUGUUUUACAGAAAUAAAAUCUGUACUGAUAUGUUUUGUGCUGCUACCACCAAAUGUCAUGGUUUUAAUCAAAUUAUCUUAAGUUAGUGUAUUCAUCCCAGUUAAAAAAGCAAGGCAGCACAACCCGGGUCUGCGUGGGGAGUUUAGAUGUAUGAUAUCAUUGUCGUUGUUAUUUAUGUACCUUUGUUAUAGAUGUGUAAUUAAGACUUUAAACUAAACUCAACGAUGACGCCUAUGAAAGGGACACUCAGCAUUUCGACACCACGUUGAACAGGGCUGGAUUGACUUAAUGAAGUGAAUUUUCAAUGCUUAAGGGAGCAGCUGAUCAGUGCUUUGGACAUAUGUGCACCAACUAAUUCUGAACCAGCAGUGAUGUCAACCAUGCCUGAGUAUCCCUUUUCAGCCAGCUUUUGUUUGUGCUUGAACUUGCAUGACUAAAGUUUGUGGCUAAUGCAUCUGACAAUGACAUGAUGACAUGAGAGAUGGAGAGGUAAAGAAAGCACAAUGUUAAAUAUCAUUAUUAUUCCUACGUAUUUAUGUGGAAAGAUAAGCUGAGUUGUUGUGGAUUUUUGUGUUUUCCUUACAAAUGUAGAUUUAUUUCUCUAGUGUUCAUGUUCUGCUGACAAGGACUUGUCCUUAGCAUUUUUUAAAUCCUUUACAGCCAAUGGAAAAGCUUUUUUCCUGCAGACAGUGUCCAAUUAAAGUCUUUUGUUCUAAAACCCCUCUGUUCCAAAUCUUCCUUAUAUCCCAUUUCUAUGUGAUGUAGUGUUUUUUUUUUUUUUUUUAAAGCUUGCUAUGAGAGGCUUUUGUGUUUGUAUGUUGAGUGAGUGCAUGUGUUUGUGUGCAAGAUUAAACUGUUCACUUGAACAUAAUUUGUGUCUUCAGCCUGACGGUUUUUGUGGACAACAGAGCUUUUUGUAUAGUGGCAAAGUACAGUGAAGCGUUGGGAGGUCUGCAGCUGAAAGUCUGAGGUCAAAGGCCAAAGUUAAUGUGGUGCACUGUAAUAUACCUGGGUCUUUGUGAAAUGUCAUGUCAAAAUGUUUUUGAUUAAUACAAUAAAAAU